AUGUCGCCUCUUUCUGACGGCAAUCUGGGUUUUCACGCUCUCAUUCGUUCCUUCCUCACCAUCCUCGCCAUCCGCUCCUUCCGUGUUGACAGUGUCCAUUGCCCACCCUCCUUCCCAUCUCACCACGUUCCCAGCGCUCUUUCCCUCUUGCACGCCAAUCACGCCCGAUUCUCAAUUCUGCAGCACCGCUCAUCGUGCGUCCUUCGCUCGCUAACGUCCCCCGGCAAGACCCCCCCGCAUUGUCGCAGCCCCGCCGUCUGCGGCCAACAAUGGACUGAAUUUUCCAUCGCCCAUUUUAUCCUGUUGCUUUUUUCCAUUCCCCUCUCGGCCACACCACCAGCCUCGACCACCGCUCGCUUACGCCGGCCCCUCGCCCACGUCCUCGAUCAGGGUCUGUACUCCGUAAAGCUGCUGGAACUGCUGUCGUUUGCUGCGACGGCUGCAGCUCUAGCCACCCUGCAGCGGCCUGGUUGGCUCCAGCCGAUCAUUCCUUUUCCCUUCUGUUUCCUCCUCCUCUUCCUUCUCCUCACUCAAAACACACCCGCCAUCUGUCAGCACAGAGACAACAUCGUGACAGCCUCGCCUGCCAACGCCGGCCCUGGCAAACAUUCCUUUCUUCUCUCUCGUUUCUUCUCUCUCGACACUGGUUACAGGCCCCUGCACGCCGUCUCGCUUGCUCCUACACCGAGCGCCGAACAUACACACAAGCACACACCCACACCCAACAGCCAACGCAUCGGCGUCGGGUCGCAUCGGCCCAGUCCUGGUGCCGCGCUGCCCACAAAGGCAGACUAUGUGGGUGCUUGCGCCACGACAAUGAAGACCGAAGACGGUGGUAUCGACGACUUGCUGCCGUCGCUCCCGCCGCCGCCGCCGCCGCCGUCACCCCAGGCCGGCGCCAAGGCCGUCCUCUACACCAACGACGCCGCCGAGUCCGCUCAGACCCAGAACGGGCCCGGCCAAGCACUGCCCAAACGCACCGUCUGCGACCACUGCCGUCGACGAAGAAUCCGCUGCGAUGGCCAACUUCCGUGCCAGCCGUGCGUCAAUGCGUCGCUGGCUUGCAAGCGCGACCACGUUCCUCUGAAACGGGGACCCAAACGUGGUCGCGGGCGGGUCAUCAACGAGCUCCGGGAACGGUACUCGAUUGAACAGAACGCCAGCGCUGCCAUGACCAAUCAAAACACCAACACCGCCAACAACAUCAACAGCAACAACAAACACAGCCGCGAGAGCAGCUCGGACCUAGUCAAUGGCAUCGACAUGUCGGUCCCGUCUACACCCGCGCCGCCGUCCGACAUCUCCUGGCAGAAUGUGUCGUCGGAUCCCCGGCACGCCGUCGAACCGCGCGGCGCCUUCUCGUCCGAGCACUACCGCCCAACGACCCGCAGCUACAUGUACCUCAUGCCGCGAUGCGUCAAUCUCUACUACGAGCACAUCUACCCCAUCAUGCCCCUCCCCUACAUGCCCGCUGUGCGCAACAUGGUCAACCGGAGCCCCGCCGGCUUGGCCGAGCUGACCUUCUCGGACCGCAACUUCCUCUACGCCCUGUGCGCCCUCACUUGCUUCCACAUGUCUGGACAGAACAUCACGGCGGAUGCACCGCACCCGUCGUGGGAAUGCGCCGGCCGUUUCUUCUUGGACGAAUGCAUUUCGGCGCGCCAGUCAUACGACUUCUUCAACGACGCGUCCUUGAACGCCGUCAUCUCCUCGUUUUGGCUCUCGACAUCCUUCUUCGAGAUCAACCAGUCCCGCAAGUCGUGGGUCUACCUGCGAGAGGCAUUGACUCUUGCCCAGGAGAUUGCAUUGCAUGACGACGCUUCCUACGCCGGCCUGGAUGCUGCGGAAAAGCUGUGCCGGCAGCGUACCUUUUGGCAGCUCUUUGUGACCGAACGAUCCUUUGCCAUUCUCCGAAGCAAACCCAUUACACUCAAGAAGACUCCGUCGCUUCCAACCACCCGCCAUCCGUACGAAGCCCCCGAGAUCCAUUCUGGCUUCCGCCAGCUCAUCAGCUCCUAUACACCACUCGACGAAUCCUUUGUGAACGCCUGGAACGAAGGCUCCGACCCACGCGUCACGGCCGCUACGUACCUCACCCUUCAGGCCAUCCUCGCCGUUCGGCCGCCCUUCCUCGCCAAAGCCAAGAGCGAGAUUGUAACUGUGACGCAUGGUCUGUCCACGGCGAGCCAUACGCCCGAAGACCGGUCGCCCACUGGCCACGAAGCCCCGCCACCGUCGCCGAGCUCGCCAGCCGAGUUCAGUGCUGGACUGAAUGCAGCGCUGCGCACAAGCGGGGUGGCGGGCGGCGACGACGCGGAGAUCAAGCAGGAGAACGAGCCGGAGACGACCGACAUCCAAAAAGCCGACCUCCUCAUCACGCAGCAGUGGCUGCGCCUCAUUGUCUGGCAGUCCUCGUUCCGCCAGCAACUCCUCUCGUGGACCGCACCCGAUGAGAGCAUGCGCUUCGCCUUCCCACUCACCAUUGCUGCCCGCACCGCCGCCGUCAUCCAGAGCCUGCCCCCACAGGCCAUCGAAGUCCACGGCAUGGGCAUCUUUGAGAAGAUUUUUGAGAUUGGCACCUGGUCCAUGAACGUCUUGCAGGCCUGCGACAUGGCCAGCGCCUCGGGCAACAACGUCGCCGGUGGCGGUGCCGCCAUGGGCAUGGACUUUGCCGGAGCCUCUGACAUGGGCGUGCUGGGCGUCGGCCGCAUGUCCUUCUCGGUCGACCCGCUCGAGUUCUUUGUGCGCACGCUGAGCGCUAGUCCCAACAGCCGCACCCAGUACGCCGAGCGCCUCCUCAUGUUUGCCAAUGAGCGGACGGGCGGCGGCAUGCGCAUGGCCCUGUCGCCGUCGCUGUCGUCGCCGUCGUCGCCCGAGCUGCUGCCGGCAGCACCGGCCCACUGGUCGCACGAUGAGAUCACGGCCGCCGCCGGCACAGCCACCACUGCUGCUGCCGCCACCACAACAGAGGCGGCAGGGCCGCCAACGUCGCUGCCGACGGUCACGGAUGCGACUGGUCGAGGCAAUGUCGGCACCGUGCUGGGCGAAGUCGGCGACGAUUUCCACAUCAUACCGUCCAUGAACCACAACCACCACUUUGCGUCAACGACGGUCCCCAAUGGCCAAGCUGUGCCGUUUGCGUUUGACGCGAGCGCCCUCGACAGCGCCGCCUUUGAAGUUGGCCCCGUGGCCUACGACGGCAACAGCCUCGAUGGCGUGGUCUACGACGGCACGGUCAGCCCGACGGGCGUGUCGGUCGGCGGCGGCUCCUACGGGUCCAUCCACGGCGGCUCCAUCCACGAGGGCAUCAGCCGGAACCACAGCUACGGCAGCUUUACGGAGGAGCUGCAGGCCGGAACGGACUACUCCGUGUUCCUGCCCAGCGGCGCACAGAGCCCCAUUGAGAACAACGGGUUUGCCGGCUUUGACCUGUCGCGGACGAAUCUGGCAUCGUAG